AGAAGGUGCCUGGGGAGACUCGGGGCCGACCACUGGGAUUCUGGAGCCAAAGCUACAGAGGGUCCGAAGCCAACUACACUCCAACAGAAAAGGAAAUCUUGGCCGCCUAUGAAGGAGUUCAAGCUGCCUCAGAGGUAAUUGGCACAGAAGCACAACUCCUGCUGGCACCCCGACUACCAGUGCUGGGAUGGAUGUUCAAAGCAGAAGUUCCCUCUACCCACCAUGCCACCAAUGCCACAUGGAGCAAAUGGAUUGCCCUCAUCACUCAGCGCGCCCACAUUGGAAACCCAAAUCGCCCUGGGAUUUUGGAAAUAAUUACAAACUGGCCGGAAGGUGAAAACUUUGAUCUCAUGGAUGAAGAAGAGCAGGAACAAGUGACACCUGCUGAAGAAGCUCCACCAUACAACCAACUGCCAGCAGAAGAAACACGCUAUGCGCUUUUCACUGACGGUUCCUGCCGCGUCGUAGGGAUGAACCGGAAGUGGAAAGCAGCCGUAUGGAGCCCGACACGACAGGUUGCACAAGCCACUGAAGGAGAAGGUGGGUCGAGCCAACUCGCUGAGCUCAAAGCUGUUCAACUGGCCCUGGACAUUGCUGAAAGAGAGAAGUGGCCAAAGCUCCACCUCUACACUGAUUCGUGGAUGGUGGCCAAUGCUCUGUGGGGCUGGCUGGAGAAGUGGAAAAAGGGCAACUGGCAGCGUAGGGGAAAACCAAUCUGGGCUGCAGAUGAGUGGAAGGACAUUGCCACUCGGGUAGAGAAGCUACCUGUCAAAGUCCGUCAUGUAGAUGCCCAUGUCCCCAAGAGUCGGGCUAAUGAGGAGCACCGAAACAACGAGCAGGUAGAUCAAGCUGCAAAGAUAGAGGUGUCAAAGAUAGACUUAGACUGGCAACACAAAGGAGAGUUGUUUCUAGCUCGAUGGGCCCAUGAUGCCUCAGGCCAUCAGGGCAGAGAUGCCACCUAUAAGUGGGCCCGAGACGGAGGGGUGGAUCUAACCAUGGACAGUAUUUCUCAAGUUAUCCAUGACUGUGAGACGUGUGCUGCCAUCAAGCAGGCCAAGCGGGUGAAGCCCCUGUGGUAUGGCGGGCGAUGGUCCAAGUAUAAGUAUGGGGAAGCCUGGCAGGUUGACUACAUCACCCUUCCCCAAACCCGCCAAGGCAAGCGCUACGUGCUCACAAUGGUAGAGGCCACCACAGGAUGGCUGGAGACCUACCCUGUGCCUCACGCUACGGCCCGUAACACCAUUCUAGGCCUUGAAAAACAAGUUCUUUGGAGGCAUGGUACCCCUGAGAGGAUUGAGUCAGACAAUGGAACUCAUUUCAAGAACAGCCUCAUCAACAACUGGGCUAGGGAACAUGGCAUUGAGUGGGUGUACCAUAUCCCCUAUCAUGCACCAGCUUCAGGGAAAGUAGAAAGAUACAAUGGACUGCUAAAAACCACCCUGAAAGCACUGGGUGGGGGAUCAUUCAAAAACUGGGAGCAGCAUCUAGCAAAGGCCACCUGGUUAGUUAACACCCGAGGUUCCACCAACAGAGCAGGCCCUGCCCAAUCUGAGUCCCUACAUACAGUAGAUGGAGAGAAAGUCCCAGUAGUACAUGUAAGAGGUUUAUUAGGGAAGACAGUUUGGAUCAAUUCUGCUUCAAGUACAGAGGACCCCAUCCGUGGGAUUGUCUUUGCUCAGGGACCAGGCUGCACAUGGUGGGUAAUGCAGAAAGAUGGAACCACACGAUGUGUACCCCAGGGAGAUUUGAUUGUUGGGUGAGAACCGUGUGUAAUUAUCACUGUGUGCUGAAUGGUACUGCCACUGUAGGUAGCUGUAUAUUGCAUAUUGUUUUUAUAUAGAUGUAUGUGUGUGUAGAGCUGGAAUAUAUAUUAGUUUUAGUAAAUUGACGAUAUGGGGAUACAAGGGGUGGAAUGUCCUAGGGUAACUUUAUGAUGCCUGUAUCCCCAAUCGUCUGUUCUGUUUGUGCUGUACAUUGAGUCCUGUGCCUUUAAGACUGGUUCUAAGAGCAAGGAGAACCGCGGAGUUUGUUUUGAGAAAACUGCCCGACUCCUCCACAUUCUUCUGCAGACAGCGUGUUCGGCGGAGGCUUGGAGAGACGGCAGGACAGAGAUCUUUUUUUUGCUUUUAGUUAGUUUCAGCUAGCUAGGGCAGAGAAGUUCCCUGGACUGUUUUUUUCCUUUUUCUUGGAACUGUUUAAACCUGCUCUGGACUGAAAACCCAGGGGAGCACUGGGGGCUGCACCUGCGGCCCACCGGGGCCUGGAGCUCGGCAUUUUCCAGCAGCGCCGGAGGGACUGGGACUGAGGAGAGGCACUGAGAGAGAGAGAGCCGAGCUACACCCACGGCAAGGACUUUCUCAAUUUGCCAUCUCACUUCAGAAGGAGAGGGAGGUAUCAGGGACAUUCACAUGAAACCUGAAGGUAUUCAUCUCUGCUGAUGGGCCAUAAUGGACUCAACUGCACUGACGAGAAAACCACCCAAAUCCAUGAAGAAGAAGGAAGAAGAAGGCGAAGAAGGACUUAAACAAGGCCCCAAAUCCUCCAUCUUGGCUCACACACAUUAGGUGCUAUGUCUCUACAGGACUUGCUUUUCAAGGCCCAGGAUGGUGUUCUGGGCAGUAGCGUGAGGCACAGGGGCUUUGCAGAAGGCAAAAAGACUCUAAAACCACCUGAAUCUCGGAAAAGAAACCGAGAAGUCUUCAUCAAAAGACCACCAGAAAACUGACCACCACCACAGAAGGAACUGAUGCAUGUGCAAAAGCAACAAACUGUUUGGCCUAGGAGGGUGACUUUAUGAUGCUGUAUCCCCUCCAUCUGCUUAUGCUGCAUAUUGGGUUC